GCGGCAGUGGUGUUCCGUACAUAAUCUUCGUCUGCAAUAAUGGGUGAGGCUCUGAAGGACAAUAUCAUGGACUCAGUAAGAUCGGUAGUUUUCAAAGAAUCCGAAAAUCUAGAAGGCUCUUGCACAAAAAUCGAGGGCUACGACUUCAAUAAAGGCGUUAACUAUGCUGAGCUUAUCAAGUCCAUGGUUUCCACUGGUUUCCAAGCUUCAAAUCUUGGUGACGCCAUUGAAAUUGUUAAUCAAAUGCUAGAUUGGAGGCUUUCACAUGAGCUGCUCAUGGAGGAUUGCAGCGAAGAAGAAAGAGAUGUUGCAUACAGAGAGUCGGUAACCUGCAAAAUCUUUUUGGGGUUCACUUCAAACCUUGUUUCUUCUGGUGUUAGAGACACUGUCCGCUACCUUGUUCAGCACCGAAUGGUUGAUGUUGUGGUUACUACAGCUGGUGGUAUUGAAGAGGAUCUCAUAAAGUGCCUUGCACCAACCUACAAGGGGGAUUUCUCUUUAUCUGGAGCUGCUCUACGAUCGAAAGGAUUGAACCGUAUUGGUAACUUAUUGGUUCCUAAUGACAACUACUGCAAAUUUGAGAAUUGGAUCAUCCCAAUUUUUGAUCAAAUGUAUGAGGAGCAGAUUAAUGAGAAGGUUCUAUGGACACCAUCUAAAGUCAUUGCUCGCCUGGGUAAAGAAAUUAAUGAUGAAACCUCAUACUUGUAUUGGGCUUACAAGAACCGGAUUCCUGUCUUCUGUCCUGGCUUGACGGAUGGAUCACUUGGUGACAUGCUAUACUUCCAUUCUUUCAAAAAGGGAGAUCCAGAUCUUAAUCCUGGUCUAGUCAUAGACGUUGUUGGAGAUAUUAGGGCCAUGAAUGGUGAAGCUGUCCAUGCUGGUUUGAGGAAGACAGGAAUGAUUAUACUGGGUGGAGGGCUGCCUAAGCACCAUAUUUGCAAUGCCAAUAUGAUGCGCAAUGGUGCAGAUUUUGCCGUCUUCAUUAACACUGCACAAGAGUUUGAUGGUAGUGACUCUGGUGCCCGUCCUGAUGAAGCUGUAUCAUGGGGAAAGAUACGUGGUGGCGCCAAGACUGUGAAGGUGCAUUGUGAUGCAACAAUUGCAUUUCCCAUAUUAGUAGCUGAGACAUUUGCAGCCAAGAGUAAGGAAUUCUCCCAGAUAAGGUGCCAAGUUUGAACAUAGAGGAAGCUGUCCUUCCAACCACACAUAUGAAUUGCUAGCUUUUGAAGCCAACUUGCUAGUGUGCAGCAUCAUUUAUUCUGCAAGACUGACUAGAGAGCAGGGUAUAUUCCUGUACCCCGAGUUAGACGACAUCCUGUAUGGUUCAAAUUAAUUAUUUUUCUCCCCUUCACACCAUGUUAUUUAGUUCUCUUCCUCUUCUAAAGUGAAGAGCUUAGAUGUUCAUAGGUUUUGAAUCAUGUUGUAUCAUAUUUUGAGUUUUGGAGGUUGGUGAUAACUGACAAGUCCUCUUACCAUAUAUAUGAUGGAUCCUUGUACUAUGAGAUUUAGGGUGUGUUUGGUACGAAGGAAAAUGGUUUUUGGAAACAAGUGGAUUUUAAAUUUA